AUGUCGGGUUUCGGAGAACGACUCAGCCAGCGGCAAAAGGCCUUCAAGAAGGGGGUUGAUGCCGAUGAUGCACGGCGGAAAAGAGAAGAUGCUGCAGUGCAGCUUCGCAAGCAGACCAGGGACGAGGCGUUGAUGAAGAAGCGGAUGGUGAAUGACAUACCUUCCGGACAAAUGCCUGACCCCAUGGCCAUGGCACAGAUGACGGGCAUGGCCACAGUUCCCAGCAACUGUGCCGUGGAGCAGAUCCCAGCCUUAAGCCAGGCGUUGAUGUCGGACGACCCACAGGCGCAGUUCAAUGCCACCCAGCAGUUUCGGAAGCUGCUCAGCAUCGAGCAGAACCCUCCCAUCUCGGAGGUCAUUAGUGCUGGCGUGGUGCCACGCUUCGUGCAGUUCUUGAAGGAGAUCAACCGGCCCGACCUGCAGUUCGAAGCUGCCUGGGUGCUGACCAAUAUCGCCUCGGGGAACGCAGACCAAACCCGCGUGGUUGUAGAGCAGGGGGCACUUCCGAUCUUUGUGCAGCUUUUGCAGUCCCCCAACGACGACGUGCGGGAGCAGGCGGUCUGGGCGCUGGGCAACAUCGCAGGCGACUCGCCCAACUUUAGAGACCUGGUGCUGCAGAGCGGAGGCCUUCACCCUGUGAUGACCGUCUUGCGAGAGUCGGAGAAGACCUCGAUGAUGCGCAACGCCACCUGGACCCUGUCCAACCUGUGUCGUGGCAAGCCUCCGCCGCCCUUCGAAUGGGUGUCGCCCGCGCUGGGCACCUUGGCGAACCUCAUCUACUCCUGUGACUGCGAGGUCCUGACCGAUGCUUGCUGGGCCCUCUCCUACCUUUCGGACGGCCCUAACGAGCGCAUCACAGCGGUCAUCCAGGCUGGGGUUUGCCGCCGGCUGGUGGAGCUCCUGCUCCACACGUCUCCGCUGGUGCAGACACCCGCGCUGCGGGCUGUGGGCAACAUCGUCACUGGCGACGACAACCAGACCCAGGUGAUUCUGCAGAGUGGCGCAUUGCCGUCGCUCCUCAAGCUCCUUGCCCAUGCGAAGAAGGCAGACAAGAACGUGCACAUUCACGGAGUGGAAAUGAAAACAUGUGCUGCCCGUGCAAUUCGAAAGGAGAGCUGCUGGACCAUUUCCAACAUCACAGCAGGGAACCGCGAGCAGAUCCAGGAAGUCAUCAACAACGGUCUCCUCCCACCCGUCAUCCACUUGCUGCAGACGGCAGAUUUUGACAUCAAGAAGGAGGCAGCUUGGGCAAUCAGCAACGCAACCUCUGGUGGAUCUCCACAGCAGGUGGAAUAUCUGGUGGAGACGAACUGCAUCAAACCUCUGGUUGACCUGCUUGUUGUCUCAGACGCCAAGAUCAUUGGUGUGGCCCUGGAAGCGCUGGAGAACAUCCUGAAGGUCGGAAAGGACAAACAGCAGAAGCUGGGAUUGGCGGAGAACCCAUUCGCGGCGAAGAUCGAGCAGGCCGACGGCUUGCCCAAAAUUGAGAACCUUCAGGAGGAUCCCAACGAGGAAGUGUACCAGAAAGCCAUGAAGAUUCUGGAGAAGUAUUUUCCGCUGGAGGACGAAGACGCAGACAUCGGCGAAGAUGCUUCGGGCUUGGCGUUGCAUGUCUUGCGCACGUCGUCCGAGGCAGGUGACGUGUAUGAUGGCUUCGACACGGGCUCGGGCUCGUGCCAAAGAGAUCACAUGGAGCGGCUCCGGGAGCUUGAGCGCUUUAACCUUUCCGAGAUCGCCCGUACUUUAGUCCAUUAUGCCGCAGUAUGCCAUGGCAAAACCAUACUAACCAGUUCCUAA